AUGGAUAACCUCCACUUGAGUUUCAUAGCUGUGGUCCUUUACUUUCAUCUUCCUGGAUCUGGGGGAACCAAGUCAGAGCACACUCUUUGUGAUACCCGUCUCCAUUCAGAGUGCUGGUGGGAGGGGGAGUUGUUACUGAACUGCUCUUUCACCGGACUCUCCGCGGUUCCAGAAGAUAAGGCACCAAUGGCAACGACGGCUGAUUUUAGUCACAAUCAUAUUACAACUUUCCUGUGCACCAGUGGAAGAGAUGAAGAAUGGAUGCUAAAACACCUGAAUCUCAGCGACAACUUGAUUUCUCAACUCUCUUUAACUACUUGUAGAAAUUUACCUGUUUUAGAAACUCUAAACCUCAAUGGUAAUGCCAUCCAGAGCCUCACCCUGGGCGCGCCUACGCACGGAAACGGCGACCGCCCCCUGCCUGCCCUGAAAGUACUGUCAGUUGAAAGGAAUAAUCUCAAGACAGUUCCAAGAGGACUAGGCCAACUGCAGUCUUUACAAACUGUCCGUUUGUCAUCCAAUGCCAUACGACAGAUUGAUCUGAAUGACUUUCAGAACUGUUCACAGCUGAAGGACAUUGACUUGCAUAACAACAAGAUAACUAAAUUUCAUCCAGAUGCCUUCAGGGAUCUCAACAAAUUACAGGUUUUGGAUCUACGUGAAAAUGCUCUGACAACCCCUCUGCCACAGAUAUUCAUCUUCUUGAACUUCUUUCAACUUGAAAUGGAUUCGUCAGAUAAUACCUGGAUAUUUAACAGCAGACUAAAUGCUUUCAAACAUUUAUUUCAUUUUCUCUUUGACCCCACGAGGAAAAGAUGGAGUAUUUCAUACAACAAAUCCACCAACAACUCACGGAAGCCUCUGCUGUAUCUUUCAAGUUUCCAUUUAAACUGCAGCGACAACGUUUUGCACAAGAAGGCUGUGAUCCCAACAGGGAAGACAGCGGUGCUGAACUGUAACCUGGACAACGCCGGGGGUAAUAGUGUCUCUUGGUGGACACCUAAAGGCAGAAUUUCCAAAGAUGAUAAUCUUCCUUAUAUGGCACUGGAUAAAAUGAAUAACUUAGUGAUACACAAUGCUGAGAAAACUGCUGAAGGCUUGUAUUUGUGCAUUUUUAAUGCAAUAAAGACAAAAUAUCUCAUCUACAAGAUAGAGGUGAAAGAAAGGGUUUCAACAGUUUUGGUUAGAAAAGCCCGGGAAACCAUUAGUUUCAGACAAGGAAAAACAGACCAAGACCUUGCCUUGGCUGUCUGCCUCUCCGUGCUCAUUACAUUUGUUUGUGCUUUCUGUCUGGGUGCUUUUGCUAGACCCUAUCUCGUAAGACUGAGACACAUGUGCAGGAACAAAAACUCCGGUUCAGAACAUACUUAUUCUAAUCAAGCUUUUUCAGAUGAAACCUUGGGCAGAGAAUGUUCUGCAAGCAAACCAACAAAUACACAACAUAAUUUGUUAAUUUAUGAUGAUAUUUCCUCAAGAAACACAGGCAAUUUUCCUGUGGAAACUUCUGCUUUGUAUGCAAAUGUCACUGGUAGCAGUGCGCGUGCACCGAAUACUGAAGAGUAUCAGAAACAAAGCGAUGACAUCAAUGUGAAGGGAAAAACAGUGUUUUCAGACUUCAGAACUAGUAUCAGCGAUGAUGUACAUAUAAAUGAUGAUGAUAAUCAACAAUUUUCUGUAAGGAGAGAUUAUGAGAACAGCAAUGAAAUAUCACCAAGAAAAUUAACGAGUAAUGACAUUCCAUUUUGGAAAGAUUCAAAACACGCAAAUGGUGAAGACCCAGAGAAGAGCAGAUUCCCUCCCAUACCCCAGAGACUGAAUGCUAACUCUUAUUCAAAUCACACUGACUCUCCAGGUUUGGAUUUAUCCUUCAUGGGAGAAACUGUCUUUCCACCUUCCACAAUACAAACCCAUACAGUUGCACAGGAUUCUAGACACAGCAAAGUACAUGACAUCUCUGGUCUGCUGAAGCCCAAAAUCACAACGGCUACACCAGAUUCUCCUGAAAGAAAAAGUACCCUUUCAUGUAAGGAACCAAUGAGCACUACAAAAUUGAUGCCUGGAAGGCAAAGCUGUGAUGAACAACUUGGUCUGAACGGCAACACAAAUACAACCAGUGAUCUGGGAGAUUUUAUUUUACCCAGUAGCUGCAAGAGAUACACAAAUAUUGAGAAUCUAAGUGUCUACCAAGCAACAGAAAACUCUCCUCUCAAUGAGUGUGACUGUAAAACAGAAAGUACAACUAGAAAAGAUAUUUCAGCAGAUAAAUUUGAUGAUAGUUCUUCAAGUGAAGGCACUCCAUUCACAAUGAGUGACUGUAGUUCUUUAGAAGACUUUGAACUGGAACAACCUGAUGUUAGUGACAACCUGCCAGCCUAUCAGUCGCCACUAGAGGAAGCCAACAGGAACAGUGGGACUAAGAAGUUCUCAGCACUGCCCGAGUCUCCAGACACUGCUGAUGAACUUCAGCAUUUCGGGGAAAAUGAAGAUGAGAACAAUGAGUAUUUUGAAACCACCAUUAAUUAUAGGUCAGAUACCAUCAUGCCUGAAACAGCAUCACCUUCCACUAACCAUGUAAGCACGUCAGGUGCAGAUACAAUUAGUUCAAGUCAACCUCCCGAUACAUUUGAUUAUCUUGCUAAUGCAGAGACCAUCGAACAGAACUCUGAUUCUGUUCACAAUAAAAUCACAGAUUUUAGUAAAAUGUUACUUUUGUUACAAUAUUCUCCCACAUAUGACACAGAGAAUGCUCCUGAUGAGGCUGAAAUGCAGCUGUUUCACCUUCCCAUCAGGUUACGGCAUUCCCUCAGCUUCAGUCCCACUGAACAAAAAGAAAACGCACUGGAGGGAAGUACAGAUGAGCACAUGGACAGGAGCUCCUCUCAAGAGAACAAGGACGAAGGGGAUGUUAUGUUAAGGAGACAAAUGAGUAGAUCUGCGAACAAGGAUUUUAGUUUUGCUCCCAUUGGCAUCAGUUUGAAUGAAAUUAAUAAAAGAGCAUUGCUACUGCACGCCAGCAAAGAAUCAUCUCUUCAGUCUCUGCCAGAACACACAGCUGAAAAACACCGUACAGGGAAACAAGACUUCCUACCACACUGGAAGCAGGGCAAUGCAACUGAGGCUCAUGCAGAUAAAAAGCAAAGAGGUUUUCAUGAGGAAAACUGUGAUGGAUACACAGAAUUUGAGGACACCAGCAACUGUAGUCUGCCCGAAGACACAGAGUCUUGCAGUCUUACAGCAGAUUUGCUGCAUCUUCAUUCUUUGGGGAAAACACAAUCAGCCUACAACACAGAUGAUUCUUUCCAACUGGAUCACAGUGACGAGGAUGCAUAUUCCUUUUCAGUCCCACAGGAUUUCUUCAAUGAAAGCACACAACACAGUUUACUUUCAUUCCCACAAGAAAUUUCAGCAAAUACAAUCUCUAAAAGCAUUGAUUCCAGCAAGAUGGAGGAUGACGCCAUUUCAACAGGCCUGGAGAACAAUUCUACAGCAGCUCUCAACCUCCAAUAUUCAAAUGAAAAUCCCAGUCAAAAAAGUCAGACCAAUUUAGGACAGGGACAGUUUUUUGUCAGAAAGAAAAGAGCAUUUGAUGGAUUUGCAAAUGUUCUGCAAAGCAGAAGAAACUUCAAUAGCUGAAACACAGAAGUAAUACUAAACUCCCAUAGUGUUUAUGGAAAAAAAUGAUUACAUCUUGAAAUGAAGUGUGUAGCUUUUAAUAACUGUUAAUCACAGAAACUUAAGGGUUGGAAGGGACCUCAAAAGACUAUCUAGCCCAACCCCCAAAUAUCAUGAGGUGCUUUUGUGGGGUUUCUUUUCCUCAGUAUAACAACCUCUCUGCCUUUAACUUCAGAAACCCAAGUUGUAUAACUAUACAUAUGAGAUGUAUAAAGCCUGGAUCCAUCCAAUUUAGAAACACUAUUAAUUCCAAGGGGUAAUUCAGGCCAGUAGCCAUAAGCUUUUGUUUAAAAGUGUAUUUGUAAGACAAACAAUAAUAGAUUCUAUGAAAAGCAAC